AUGGACCUCGGGAUGUUACAGAUCCAUGACUUCAACGAGCUAAACUUGUCCUUCAAUAGCUUAUUUUCUGAACGCAGUAAAAUGAGCGUUCGGGAUGACCUGGAGAGCGCCGGAGUGCAGAUAUCCACGGUGCACGCGGGAGCGCACGGGCUCGCGGGACAGCGUUCUGCCAGCAUCGCGUUGUCCUCCAGCGGGGGUGUUUGGCAAGACAAGAUCAGCAGCUGGAGCUGGAUGCUCUCCGGGUUCCUCUUAAUAAACGUUAUCAUCCUGGGCUGCGCGCUGGUGAGCGGGAGCGUCUUUAACGGGAUUCAAGUCACCAGCGACCACGUGCAGUUCUUUCUCAUCGCGCUCAUGAUUCCCACCGUCAUCUGGAUGGUGUUUUACAAAGUCCACACUUUCCAGGAGGACGAAGCUGUUCUCUACAAAGACGUCCAUGCUGGACCCGUAUGGCUUAGAGGCGGCCUGGUGUUAUUUGGAUUGUGCAGCCUGAUCAUGGAUGUGUUUAAGAUCGCUCUGUUUGUGGGUUAUGCACACUGUGACUCACCUGUGAAAAUUGCCUUCCCAGUUGUUCAAGCCAUAUUUCUUCUGGUACAGACCUACUUUUUCUGGCUCCAUGCAAGAGACUGUGUACAGGUUCAGAGAAUCAUCACUCGUUGCGGACUAAUGCUUACCUUAGCCACAAACCUUAUGGUAUGGAUGACAGCAGUGACAGAUGAGUCUCUGCAUCAGACUGUGUAUCCCACUGGCAACAUUACCCAAUCUUCCUGUAAUCUCACAACAAGAGUGAGUGCUUCCAGUGAAAAUAGCAGCUGUGAGUGCAGCUACCAGGCCUGCAGUAUUUUUGAGAAAGCGUACUACUACCUCUACCCAUUCAACAUUGAGUACAGCCUGUUCGCUUCGGCCAUGGCCUACGUGAUGUGGAAGAACGUUGGCCGUCUGGUGGAUGACCACCAGCCACAUGAGCACCGAUUCCACCUGCGUGACGUGUUGCUGGGACCUGUGGGGGGUCUGGUGUUGCUGGUGGGUGGCCUGGCCACAUUCGUAGUCUACGAGGUGGACGUGGUGUUGGACGAGCAGCAAAAGAAGGAGGCAGCACUCACCAUCUACUACAUCACCAACAUGGUGACCGUGGCAGUCAUGACAGCGGCCACGGUGGCCGGUUGCGUGAUCUACCGCCUGGAAAGACGCGAGCAUGCCAUGGGGAAGAACCCCACCCGCAGCCUGGAUGUGGGGCUCCUGAUGGGAGCCUCCAUGGGCCAGUUCACUGUGUCCUACUUCACCAUAGUAGCGGUGCUGGCAUUGGGGGUCGACGGCACCGUAAAUGCCCUGAACCUGGCCCUGUCAGUGCUGACAGUGGUGGAGCUCCUGGUGCAGAAUGUGUUCAUCAUUGAGGGGCUGCGGCGGGAGCCUCACCACGAGUCACGCCGCGCCAGCAUCUUCUCCAACCUGCUGCUGCUGCAGGCGCACGAGGAGAGGCGCUCCAGUGGGGUGCUCACGCCCCGCGGGUCCAUCGCACUGCCUGUCCACAAACCCCUUCCCUGGAAGAGGAAGCUGCUAAAGGAGAUCUCAGCCUUUCUGCUGCUCUCCAAUAUUAUUCUGUGGAUCAUGCCUGCUUUUGGGGCACGGCCGCAGUUCGACAACCCCAUCGGGACUGAGUUCUACCAGUUCAACAUGUGGGUGGCUGUGGUCAACAUUGGCCUACCAUUUGGGAUCUUCUACAGAAUGCACUCUGUAGCCAGUCUCUUUGAGGUGUACCUUAAGUCAUAAACAUGCAUUAUUGUGGAAUCUUUGUAUAUAUUUUUAUAAAACUACAUUUUGGAACCAAUAGAAUGUAUUUGUAUAGUGUCUGACCAGCUUGUUAGUUUUUGAAUUUAUUGGAA